UCCAGAACAGGAUCGGAAUCUCACUGGGUUUGCUCUGCACUAAAUAGUUUUUGGUUUUGCUCCAUUAUACCGUUAAUAGUCAGCGAUUCUCCAGCAUUUCUGUUCCUGAUCUUGUCUGAAUAAAUGAAUGUCUUCUCGCAGGGCGGUCGCCUUCCCUGGCGAGAGAGAUCCGCGCUCAAAACCAAGCCCUUCAUCAUGGUGAAGCUUUCAGAGGGUUUGCAGGCCCAGGACAGGAUCCAGAUACUUCAUCAAAUCUUGCGUCACAUCAACAAGAUCUACAGCAUGAAUUUGGGGUCAGUCACUUGGGCCCGGAGCAAGGUGGAAAAUGUCCGGCUUCUCCUGGAACGGCAGCUCAGGGAGCUGGAGGAAUGUGUGAUGAGGUCAGGAACAGAGGGCAGACGGAGCAGAAAUGCCACCAUUCAGAAAUACUUCAGGAAACUACGAAAGUUCCUCAAACAGAAGGUGAGAGAUGCGAAGACAAGCAAGGAAAUGGGAAUCCUGUGCCAACCAUCUAAGUGCUACCUAUGAACAACUCCGAUUCUGACAUGGAUGCUGAAGGAAUCAAAUACUCCCACCCUGUGUCAGAUACAGACCACCAAUCAACAACCCACAAGCCAGAGAAACAGUCAGUCAAAACAGUCUCAGGAUGAUCCAGGUUACGAUUACUGGCAUACACAACAGACUACACAGGUACAGACAAGAAAUUGCACGCCAAAAAUCAUUAAUUUCAAAAUUAAUCAAUCAGGAUUGAACAGGCCAUCACCGUAGGAUAGAACAGAACCACGUACAUAAAGAGAACAGCACUACAAGACAAAAUGACUAAGCUAACCAACAGCAGAAAAAGUCAACAUGGCAGAUACCUGGGUUAGAAGCCUUUCCGACAGACAGCUUACAGGCACAGAAAAAGCCGUUCUAGCCAAGGAACUCAACUACAACCAUAGGAAUGCAAAAACAACAGACUUCCUAGCUGCACUAGAAUGUAUGCUCAGAAAUAACAGACUAACCGAAAAGACAAAGCAAACAGUCAGACAAACUAUUGUACCCCUAUUAACAAAGAAAAGACAAAUGAACAACCUCAACACUAAAGAGGGAGAAUCCCUAAAAACACUUAAAAAUGACAAGAACACAAUCAUAGCACCAGCGCACAAGGGCAGAAUGACAGUUAUCAUGGACAAGAUGGAAUAUAUUCGGAAAGCAGAGAAAGUACUUGCAGAAAGCAACACCAACCUACAGAGGGAGUGUGACCCCACACCACAGUAACCAAUAGAAUAAACAACACACUAUGGAACUUGCAAAAAAAAAACAGGCUAAUAACCAGGAUUGACCUACAAAGGACGAAACCAGAAAGCAUCAACACCCCAAGAUUUUACAGACAACUCAAAGUACAUAAACCAGACAUACCACUUAAACCCAUUGUGGCACUCCUGGGAAUGCCAUCUCAUAAGCUAGCAAAAGAACUGCACCAAAAACUAAAACAUCUUUUAGUGGAUCCAAGCACUCUAUACAAUCAUCCCAGGAAUUCCUAGACAACAUCAAGAACACAAACACAGACAAGGACGAAGCAAUGGUCUCACUGCUGUGCCCCUCGCUGAGAUAUUUGUAUCAUUGAUAGUCACUGGU